CAGUAAUCAUAAGAUAUCACCAACCAUAUUGAACCCACGCUCAUCCGAUGUCACAGGGAUACCAAAGUCAAGUCAAGGAAUAUUUUCUCAUUUCCAAAGUUGGUGUCGUGCUCCAGCCAUUAUCAUCAGAGUGAGCAGGGAAUAUAUUCCGUUUUUCCGAAGAUGAAACGUUGGUGUCGUAAUUUCACACAGGGACCUAUCAUCGAGAGUGAUCCUCGGGGAAAUUUUACUCGGAAUUAUUCUUUUGACGUUGGUGUCGUUCUAUCAACAUAAAAAUGUAUAACCCUAUAAUCUGGAAAAUUAUGAAUUCAGGCAGGAGUGACAUCGACAUAAGCUUUUGCAUAAUGAUUGGAGAGUAUGAACAGCCAGCAAUAUGGCUGAUCUAAAGGGAACACUUUCUCUCAUUUGCUGGAACCAUGGAGAUAAUUAUUAUGGUCGAACGAGAUGCAAUGAAUUCAGAUGAGGGAUACCAAAUCGAUGAAAGAUUGGUUUAUCAAGUCCAAACAUGGCAUCUGAGUUAACAUCAUGGCACAGAAGAGCUUUGACGCUGUAGGAUUUGGCAAGGAUUUGCUGGCUGGAGGAGUGUCGGCGGCUGUUUCAAAGACGGCAGUGGCACCUAUCGAAAGAGUCAAACUGCUUUUGCAGGUCCAAGCUGUCUCCAAGCAGAUUGCCGCCGACAAACAAUACAAGGGCAUCGUCGACUGUUUCGUUCGAGUCACCAAAGAGCAGGGGACACUAUCCCUCUGGAGAGGAAAUCUCGCCAAUGUCAUCAGAUACUUCCCAACCCAGGCUCUAAACUUCGCCUUCAAGGACAAGUACAAGCAGCUCUUCCUCAGUGGAGUCAACAAAAACGAGAACUUCUGGCGAUACUUUGCAGGAAAUCUGGCAUCCGGUGGAGCCGCAGGUGCGACGUCUCUCUGUUUCGUUUAUCCUCUUGACUUCGCUCGUACGCGUCUCGCGGCCGACGUCGGAAAGAGCGGAGGCGGCAGGGAGUUCAACGGCCUCGGAGACUGUUUGAAGAAAAUUGUCAAGGCGGAUGGGUUUGGCGGCCUGUAUCGAGGUUUCGGUGUGUCUGUUCAAGGCAUCAUCAUCUACCGUGCUGCUUACUUUGGUACAUAUGAUACUGUAAAGGGCAUGGUACCCAAGGAAUAUCAGAACUUCUUCCUUUCGUGGAUGAUCGCCCAGGUUGUCACCACUCUGUCGGGCGUCACCUCGUAUCCAUUUGAUACCGUUCGAAGGCGAAUGAUGAUGCAGAGCGGCCGCAAGGAGAUCCUCUACAAGAGCACCAUUGAUUGCUGGAAGAAGAUCGCUCGACAGGAGGGCCCGCGGGCUUUCUUCAAGGGAGCCUUCUCAAACGUUCUCCGUGGUACCGGAGGUGCUCUGGUGCUUGUACUCUAUGACGAAAUCAAGAAACUCAUCUAGGAAACGAUAACAAAUACUUCUCAUUCAUAAUUUAUUUUCCACCAAUUUAUGUAUUUAUUUGUCAUUGUCAAAUAUGAUUAAACUGUCAAUAUGAGAUCAAAUCUUUGUAAUGCUCAAAGCAACACAUUUUUUAUUAUGUGAAACUAAUUUUAGGAAAGGGGAUGGUAUUGUGAAAUCAUGCCUUUUCUUAAACAGUCCAAUUUGAACAUAAUCUCCCAUUUUACUGUCAUUGGAACAUUAUUGUGUCUGAAAAUUAAUAAACGUGUAAAUAUGA